UCUGCAACCUGCCCAGGGAGGGGGUGGCAGCGGCAGGCGGAGGCAAGAUGGCCCACGGAGAGCUGGACGAAGAGAGCCUCAACGACCUGUACAGCUGGGUGGACACCAUUCCUCUCUCCCGCCCAAAGAGGAACAUCGCCCGCGACUUCAGCGAUGGAGUUUUGGUGGCCGAGGUGGUGAAGUUUUACUUUCCCAAAAUGGUGGAAAUGCACAAUUAUGCUCCAGCUAAUUCAACACAACAAAAGCUCUCCAACUGGGGACACCUGAACAGGAAAGUGUUAAGCAAGUUGAACUUUUCCAUCCCAGAAGACAUCGUCCGGAAGAUUGCCCAGUGCACCCCUGGAGUGGUGGAGUUAGUGCUGAUCCCAUUGAGACAGAAGAUUGAGGAGAAGCAGAAGCAAGCCAAGAUGAUGUCUACCACCUCCUAUCAGGGCCGUCCACCAACUCCUCUGGGCUGCUGCAGCCUUUGCUCCUUCCCGACUCCAUUGCCCCAGGACCUGGGGAUGCGCUCCAUUCUGGAAGAGAGCAAUUACAUGGACACAGGCUACACUUCGAAGUCCAAACCGAACAGCACCGGGGCUUAUACCAAGGACUCCCCUGGAUCAGAAAGUGGGGUCAAGGGGCAGCAGAACUACCCAAUGCCUCUGCAGACUGAUGCCAACCUGCGCCUCCAUCUAGCUGAGCGGGAACAGGCCCUGCUGGCCUCCCAGGAGACCAUCCAGAUUCUGCAGAUGAAGAUCCGCAGACUGGAGCACCUCCUGCACCUGAAGAACGUCCGGAUUGAUGACCUCUCUCGGCGCCUGCAACAGGCGGAGCCCAAGCGGAAGUGAAGGCCCCCUCCCGGCUGUGGUUCUCUAGAUCGUGUCCAGCCACGCAGGGCUCCCUGUUCCCCGAGCGCCCACCGCUUUCUUUGCAUCCGCGGCCUUUCCCUUCCAGGAAGGCUGAGCUGUCGGAAGGAAAAAUCAGUGGAGGUCCUGGUUUGAAAGGGCCUAGCCCAGCCAGUGGGCCCCACCCAGCCAGGAGAGGCAACACCCAGAGGAAAGGAGGCA